UUUUUUUGUUUGCCCAUAUUUGUGUUCUGAAUUUUGCUUCUUUUUGUCGUCGUCGUCGUCGUUGUUAGAAUUGAGUUUAUUGCUUUCUGUUCAUUACUGCUUUGUUUAAAUUGAUGUUUGUUGAGGAACUUGUAUUGUUUUCUUUUUCUGAAACUUAUGAAGUUAUUGAUGAUCCAUAAUUGCUUUCUGAUUUCUUUUUCCAUAAUUUCUUUUUCCAUAUUGUUUUCUUUUUCUGAAACUUAUGAAGUUAUUGAUGAUCCAUAAUUGCUUUCUGAUUUCUUUUUCCUUACUCUAAAAAGUUUCAGACUUUUAGCUGGUUGUGUAAUUAUGAAAUUGUUGCUGGUUCAUGUAUUUGGUGGGCAUUGGAGAUAAGUGGCUGUAACUUUUUUUUUCCUAGCUUAAUAUCUCUGCCUUGAAUAAUUUAUUGUUUGGUACUUCAAUUUGGUAGCUACAGUAUUAUGACUUUUCUUUUGUAUUAAUUUACCUUUUUGCACACCACCAACAUGGUGGUGUUGCUUUCUGUGGUAAAUAAUUAACUUCAAUUAUAUUCCCUUGACUUAGUCGCUGUUCUUCUUGGACUCAUGGUUGUCAUGGAGAAAUAGAUGGAUAGAUAGUGUGUGUGUGUGAGAGAGAGAGAGAGAGAGAUUUUCUCCAGUGACUUCGGUAUUGAUUAAAGAGCAGUAAUGUUGGAAAGCAUUUGUGAGGAUAGAGUGGUCACAGAAAGGAAACAGAAUCUGUUAACAGAUUUUUUUCCCACCCUUCGCUCAGGAGAGUGGUCUGAUAUUGGUGGUCGGCCUUAUAUGGAAGAUACGCACAUUUGCAUUAGUGACUUGGCUAAGAAGUUUGGUUACAGUUUACUAAGCGAGCAUGCUAUUUCUUUCUAUGGUGUAUUUGAUGGGCAUGGAGGAAAGACUGCAGCACAUUUUGUACGCGAGCAUUUACCAAGAGUCAUUGUUGAGGAUGCCGAUUUCCCUGUAAAACUUGAGAAAGUGGUUACAAGAUCAUUCAUUGAGAUUGAUGCUGCAUUUGAAAAGUCAUGCUCCCUUGAGUCAGGCCGUUCUUCUGGCACGACUGCACUUACUGCAAUGAUAUUUGGGAGGUCAUUGCUUGUGGCAAAUGCUGGUGAUUGUCGGGCAGUAUUAUCACGGGGUGGAGGGGCGAAGGAAAUGUCAGAGGAUCAUAGACCUUGCUGCAUGAAAGAAAGGACAAGAAUUGAGUCCUUAGGUGGAUUCAUUGAUGAUGGUUAUCUAAAUGGUCAGUUAGCUGUUACCCGCGCAUUAGGUGAUUGGCACCUUGAAGGAAUGAAGAAAAAGGGUGACAGAAGUGGGCCCUUAAGUGCCGAACCAGAACUUAAAUUGGUUACACUGACGAAGGAAGAUGAGUUCUUGAUAAUCGGAAGUGAUGGAAUAUGGGAUGUAUAUUCAAAUCAAAAUGCAGUAGAUUUUGUUCGGAAGAGACUUCAAGAGCACAAUGAUUUGAAGCGAUGCUGCAGAGAAAUGGUAGGGGAAGCAUUAAAACGGGGAGCAACUGACAACUUGACAGUUGUAAUUGUUAGCUUUCACUCAGAGCCACCGCCACCAGUGGUGGUACAGAGGGCAAGAGUCAGGCGAAGCAUUUCCGCCGAGGGGCUUCAGAAUCUCAAAUGCUUGCUAGAAGGUAGUGCUUAAAACUUUCCAUCCAAGUUCCCCAGGUGGUGGAGGAGGGUAGAGCCAAUCAAAUAACAGUACAUAGCUAAAUUGGCUGUCCUCAAGUUUUGUUGGUGUAUGCUGUAUAUAAAUUCAUGGGCAAAUAGAAUCUGCAUUUUUCUUCCCUCCUAUCAUUCUUGCCUCAUUCACUGGAGUCCUUGCAACAGUCUAUACAUUCCCUUUUCUCCCCUUUA